AUGGCUCCCCCACCUCCGGCUUCGAUGCCUCUGCAGCAACGCCUGAUGCACCUCGCCCAGACUCUCCAGUUUGCCUGGUUCUGCGGCCACCUCACCCUCCUCUUCUGCACCCUCCGUUACGGCCUCUCGUACAUCACGUUCAACUACAACUCGAGAUGGGCUCGCUUCUCCUACCGCCUGGCGUUCAUUGCCGCCGCUGUCACGUACGGCAUUGUCGUCUACAAGGCGUACCGCGCUCGCAUGCGUGCCGGCAAGCAGGGCAGUCCCAUUAGUAUGAUUGCCGACGAGAACGUCCAGUACCUGAUCAUGGCCCUGGUGUGGCUCAGCCAAAACCAGAUUUCUCUUGCAAUUCUCCCUUUUGCUGUCUACUCCGUUUUCCACGUCCUGACGUACACUCGCACGAACCUGCUGCCAGUCCUUCAGCCGCAGCCUCCCACGGCCGACGGCUCCAAGCCCAAGCCCUCUGCCCUCUCUGACACCAUCGGCCGCUUCGUCAAGGAGUACUAUGACGCCAGCAUGACGCUCGUCGCCAUCCUUGAGAUUGCUCUGUGGUUCCGUAUCCUCGGCUCCGCGAUUCUGUUCCAGAAGGGCUCCUGGUUCCUGCUGGUCUGCUACAGCGCAUUCUUCCGUGCGCGCGUUGGCCAGAGCACCUUUGUGCAGCAGGCCAUUGGCCACCUGAGCGCCCGCAUCGACGCGGCCGUACAGAACCAGAGCUCGCCGCCUGCUGUUCGCCAGGCCUGGGAGACUGCUAAGGGCCUCGCGAAGCAGGCCACCGAGGCCACCGACAUCAACAAGUACGUCGGCGGCUCGGCUGCUGGUCCCAAGAAGGCGCAGUAA